GAGGGUUGUACGUAGAAUACGUUUAGUAAAAUGCCGAUAUUAAAUCAUAUAAUUUUAAAACCCCUCCAUUAAUCUUUGUGUGUAAAUCGAACUGUUCGUGCUGUUUGCGAGUUUUAAGCAAGUAAAAUGUAUAAACACAGUUAGACUGGUAAUUUUAAAAACAUAUUCGGAGUGAGUGAAUUGUUCAAAUAAAAAUGACCGAGAUUUUAAGCGAUUUUCUUAAGUUAUGAACUAUGGUGCUAAAUUUUUUAACAAACAUCGUUCUGUGGCUGUGUUUUUUUGUUUCCUUGACUUUAGCAAUUGAUAGGGAUAGAAGGAGUUUAGUGUCUGAUAGACUGGACAAUGUCACGCAGACCAUAUCCAAACUUCUAGACGGAUACGAUAUUCGACUGAGACCAGAUUUUGGAGGUGAACCAUUGCUGGUCGGAAUGGAUCUCACGAUUGCCAGUUUUGAUGCCAUAUCGGAAGUAAACAUGGAUUAUACCAUUACGCUGUAUCUGAAUCAAUAUUGGAAAGACGAACGUUUAGCCUUUAGCGACCAGGAAGAAGUCCUUACGUUGUCAGGGGAUUUUGCCGAGAAAAUAUGGGUUCCAGAUACAUUUUUUGCCAACGACAAGAAUAGUUUUCUGCACGACGUAACGGAACGAAACAAACUAGUGAGGCUAAACGGAGAGGGAUCCAUUACAUAUGGGAUGCGUUUCACCACUACAUUGGCGUGCAUGAUGGAUCUACACUAUUAUCCUCUGGAUUCGCAAAAUUGCACUGUGGAAAUUGAAAGCUAUGGCUAUACCGUAAUGGAUGUCGUUAUGUACUGGAUGGACAGACCCGUCAGAGGAGUAGAAGAAGCAGAAUUACCUCAAUUUACCAUAAUAGGUUACGAAACUAACGAUAGGAAAGAGAAACUGGCAACAGGUAUCUACCAGCGGUUAUCGUUAUCAUUCAAGCUACAGAGGAAUAUAGGCUACUUCAUAUUCCAGACCUAUCUUCCUAGCAUUUUAAUCGUAAUGCUCUCUUGGGUGUCAUUUUGGAUCAACCACGAAGCGACUAGUGCUAGGGUAGCCUUGGGUAUAACUACUGUGUUGACAAUGACCACCAUCAGUACUGGCGUGAGAAGUUCCCUGCCGCGUAUAAGUUACGUCAAAGCGAUCGAUAUUUACCUGGUUAUGUGUUUUGUAUUCGUUUUUGCCGCGCUUUUGGAAUACGCGGCCGUUAACUACACAUACUGGGGGGCUCGGGCAAAAAAGAAAAGCAAGAAGAACAAGGAGGGUGAAGAAAAUAAACCAGUACCAGGGACCAACACUGCACCUGUGGUCGACCAAAAUCAACAACAGCCUAAACAGUACACUCCUGAGGAUAUCAUAGAGUUACACGAUAUAAGGAUGAGUCCCAUACCGUCCAUAAGGAGAAACAGUUCGUCUUGCCUAGGAACGGGCGAGUUCGACUUUUCCAAUUUCCCGCCAAGUUUUCGUCGAUCUAGGUCGUCGGGAUUAUCGUAUAGUUACAGAUCCCCGGGAUUAAGAUAUAGAGGUAAGAGAGGUACGCCAGUCCACAAACCAAAGGUUCUCAACGCCAUCAAAAAGGGAGCCUUAGUUUUGAAAGUUUCAAUGCCGAAAAUCAAAGACGUCAACGUCAUAGACAAGUAUUCUCGGAUAAUAUUUCCUGUCACGUUUAUGGUGUUCAACGCCGGAUAUUGGCUGUUUUAUUUUCUGGACUGAUGGAAAAUAACUAGCUAAAAAGUAUGAUUAAAAUUGAAAUGAAGGAUGUUUUAACGUAAAUUAUGUAAUUUUUAAUACUAGGUCGAAAAAUCGAAAAUCAACAGGGUGGGAUUUAUCCUGAAACAAUCUGAUUAAUAGUGUAUGUCGUCCUAUAUCAGCAGGUUAUGGCAACAUUGAAUUUAUAUUACGAAAACGUAGGCAGUAAAUUUGCUGUUGGGCCUUAACAGUGCAAUCUGACGGCCAACAAAAUAUACAAACAUUUUUGAAAAGACGAAUUAAACCUAAAAUCCUAGGCAAAACGACCUGUUGAAUCACAAGUCAGUAAAAUAAAUUUAUUUCUUCACAAGCGAGCACAAUACACAAGCCCAUUAAUUGAUCCCGUACAUCGCAUUCCGUUAAAUAAUCAUUGUAGUGCCUACGUUUUACAAUGGUGGAAAUAAUCAUAUUUGCAUCUUUUUCACAAAUGUCCAGGCAGGAAAAGAAAAUAUUUUACUCACUUGUACUGCAAAUAGUUAUUUUUACAUUUCAAUUUAUAGGCGGAGAAUUUGCAAGAUUCCAAAAAAAAAAAUUGAAAAACUACACAACUUUAAUAAAUAAGAAUGAAAAUAUGUACCUUUUGUGAAAUUUGUAAAUGCUCCUUUAUGUGCUCUCCUCAAACGAUUUAUAACAUCGGAAAGUAUUGUACUAAUUAAAAACAUUUUAAAUUUACUGUGUGUUGAAAGUGUAAAAUUUUAAUAGUUCCUGUUAUAAUUUGUAGAUGAUAUAUUUAAUAAAGUUAGCAAAA